AUGAAGACCGCAUUCUUCUCGCUCCUCUUGGUCUCGUUACCAGUUCUCUCCACUGCUUCCCUGGAACCCUCUUUGCACGGUCGUGCGCGUCAUCAUCGACGCACGAGAAACUUGCACGCCGACCCCUCCAAUCCGUCCGACGCUGCCGUCUACUCACGCGACGCUUUCGGCGACCGACCUCGCAUCCAGGCACGCUCCGAACCAGGUGCUGCGAUCGCCAAGUCUUACACCAAAGUCACCGAUGAAGUGUUUGACUAUGUGAUUGCUGGAGGUGGCACUGCUGGUCUCGCUCUCGCAGGUCGGCUGUCCGAGGAUCCGGACGUGACGGUUGCCGUGAUUGAGGCUGGUCACUCUGGUUACACGAAUGACGAAGCGCUUCUUGUGCCUGGCAACGCGUAUUUCAAGUCGUCCGUUGGCAGCGAUCUCGACUGGCAAUACAACACAGUGCUCCAGUCCAACUUGCAGGAUGCGUCGGGCAACCCACGUACCGCCAGCUGGCCUCGCGGUAAGGUGCUCGGUGGGUCGUCUGCCAUCAACGGCAUGUACUAUGUCGCUGCUAGCAAGCGCGAACACCAAGUUUGGGGUCGUCUUUCUGGCGAUCAAGCAACUUGGGGAUGGCACAGUCUUAGAGAUGCCAUGAAGAAGUCUACCAACUUCAGCCCCAACACGAUCAAGCAACUCGAUUCGAGCAUCCGCAACCAGACUGAGUUUGUCGGAGACAAGGGUCCCAUCUCGAUCACCUAUCCUGGUGUCAGUUACCAGCCUGUUGCCAAUUGGGUGCCCACGCUUGCAGCUAUUGGCCUCUCGCACGCCAACAGCCCUUAUGAUGGUGAGAAUCAGGGUGCUUUCAUCGCCACUUGUACCAUGGAUGCCAAACACUGGCAACGCUCCUUCUCGCGCAACGCGUACAUUGAUCCAAUCGCCAACAAGCGUAAGAACCUGGUCGUUCUUCCGAACCAAACCGUGACACGCAUCAUUUGGGACACGGAUCUCGAUGAGGAUGGUCAACGUCGAGCGCUGGGUGUCGAGUUUGCUGCCAACUCGACGUCUCCUCGCGUCCUUGUCACUGCGCGUCGCGAAGUCAUCUUAAGUGCCGGUGCCAUUGGCUCGCCUCAAAUCCUGCAACUCUCCGGUUUCGGUCGCAAGGAGCUGCUCGAGAAGAACAACGUGACCGUCGUCAAGGACCUUGCCGGAGUCGGACAGAACCUGCAGGACCAUCUGGCGACGUCUGUCAGUUUUACGCCGGCUCAAGGGCUGGUGAUGCCGACGGAGACCAACCUCACCAAGCAAGCGUCGUUUGUCGACUCUUCUGUGGCAUACGUCACUCUGGAGAAGAUGUACGGGAGCGACGAGAUGGCCGAGUUCGUUGCUCGAGCCAAAAGGUUUAGCAUCGACUACAUCAAGUCGGCCACCAACGUCCCGGCUGCAGUACGUCGUGGGUGGGCGAAGCAGUACAAGUUGUUGCUGGAAGAUCUGCUGGUCGCGCAGAGCGAGCAUGGCUUUACCGGUACGCCCAAGGGAGCGAUCGAGAUGCUGUUGGGUAUCAGCAACGGUGCCACGGUGCAGGUCGAGACCGCCUUGCAGGCGCCCUUCUCUCGCGGUUGGGUCGAGAUUGCCUCGAAGGACGCGUUUGAAAAACCUAUUAUCAACCCCAACUAUCUGGCGCACCAGUCCGACGUCGAGCUGAUGCGUUCUGGAGUGCAGUUGGCACGCAAGAUCGGCCAGACCGCUCCUCUGAGUAGCGUAGUCGCGGACGAGAUGACUCCCGGUGCAACUGUGACGAGCGAUGCCGAGGUGGACAAGUUUGUCGCUUCGAGUGCUCAGACCGAGUACCAUCCAAGUUCCACGUGCAGCAUGCUGGAUGAGGACGACGGUGGUGUGGUGGACAGCGAGCUGAGGGUGUACGGCACUAGCAACGUUAGAGUGGUGGAUGCCAGUGUAAUUCCGAUCUCGCUGUCGAGCCAUCUUAUGUCUGCGACAUAUGCGAUUGCCGAGAUCGCCGCCGACCUGAUCAAGGCGUGUCCCGUCGAGGUGGUCGACGAGUGCGACUGGGAUGGUAAUGGCGAGGACGACGAUGAGUAG